UCUUCCACCAAAGAGUCAAGAUGAGAAAAAGUGGCAUACUGAGCAAACAGUACCUGUGUAGGGGUUUAUUCCAGAGGGGUUUAUGGUUCUUUUCUUCCUCUGAUGAAGUGGAGCUGAAAGCUGUGGCAGUCAACGUAACCAUCCAGGACUUUGUGGCUGACGUGGUGUCUGAGCUGUUUUUCCGCAACAGGCUGCAGGUCUCUAACGAGACUGUGUUUGUCUUUCCUGUGGACUCCAACACUGUUGUACACACCUUCUACGCUACCAUGGGGGACACUCGUAUUGAAGCAAUGCUCUGGGAGAAGGAGGAGGCCCAGCAGCUGCGCAAAGCCACUUCAGGCAUGAAGAAUUUAAGAUACCUGCAGGACCAGUGGGAUCUUUGGGGUCCUGUGUUCGCUUGUUUCUUGGGGUCUCUGCCUCCUGAUAGAGAGGUGACCAUCAGCCUGUGCUAUGUUCAGGAGCUGCCACUGCAGCCUGAUGGAGCAGCCCAGUUUUGCUGGCCGUAUGAGCUGUUCCCCCAGGUGUUCCCUUGGAGAAGAUAUGAUUCCACAGACCAGAUCUCUUCUGAGGAGAUACCCAAAAACCUGGACUUCAUCGUCUGUCUGAAGUCGGCCCAUGGUGUGUCCCAUGUUGACAUUAACUGCAGCUACACCCCUUUGCAAUACAUAGCUCCAGAUCAGACAUCUGCUGAGGUCUCCUUGAAAUCUUCCCCCUGGCUGCACAGUGAUCUGAACUUACUGGUGUAUUACAGAGGAUCUCACAGUCUCAGUGCUGUGGUGGAGAGGAGAGAUCCCAAAGCCCCACCGGGCUCUCUGCUGGGAGAUCCUGUGGUGAUGGUGACAUUAAGGCCCUACAUUCCUGAGGUGGUGCCCAAUCCAGGCCAGCUUGGGGAAUUCCUCUUCCUCAUGGACCAAAGCCUUUUCCAUGAUGCACAGAACACACUGCUCUUCCUCCUCAAGAGUUUGCCUCUGGGCUGCUACUUCAACAUCUACAGUUUUGGGGCCACUUUCAAAGCCUUCUAUCCGCAGAGUGUGGUAUACAGGCAGGAAAGCAUGGACAAUGCAGUGAGGCGUAUCUCCUCCAUCAGCCCUGGUCUGGGGGGCUGUGACCUGCUGGGCCUCCUAAGGUCUAUCUACAGCACUCCACUCCUUCAGGGACAUCCCCGACAGCUUUUCAUCUUCAUUCAAAGGAAGAUCUCCAAUGAAGAGGAAGCUGUCAUGGCUGAGGUCUCUCAUUACCGGGACCAGCACCGGUGUUUCUGUUUUUCUACAUGUGACAGCUUCAAUCUUUCCCAGGCCAUGGCCCUGGAGACCAAAGGUGAAUGUGUGUGCAUCCACUCUAAUAUGAACAUGACAUCUGAGGUAAUGAAAUGUCUGCAGCAAGCUCUGCAGCCUCCGGCAACUAGAAUCUCACUACAUUGGGACCUUCCACCUGGCCUGGAAGUGUCAGUGAUCAGAAAAGCUCCCGAGAUGAUCUUCCAAGGACAUCAGAGCUUCAUCUACGCCCAAAUACAUGGGCAAGCACAGGAUCCAGAAAUGGGUGAGGGAGCGGUGACCCUUCAGUACCAUGUGGGCAGCCAGUCCUUUGAUUACACACUCAGGUUCUCGCUGUCACCAUCAGCAGAUGACAGGUGGAACGAAGAUCUAACUCCCUGCCCCCGUAAGCUGUCUGUGCACCGCAUGGCCAUGAUGCACCUGCUGUGGAAACUGUUCUGGGAGGGAACAAACAGGGCAGAGGACAUCUGGCACAGCACCGUGAAGUCCAGCCUCAGCCUGGGGGUUCUUUCCCCUUUCACAUCCAAUGUGGCAGUGCGUGUGAAACAGAGGAAUGCUGGACACUGUGAUUCUUUGCCUCAAGACUCCUGCAUGUUGUUCUCUCCCUGCAAUCUGGUUCCCUGCCAGCUGCUCUGGUUGCGUGGCUCCCAGCCUGUGUGGUUCAAGUCCAUCAAGUUUUGGAUGCUCCAGAAGUCCCAGUUCUGCCUUGAGACACUUGGUCACAAAGCCCCUGACACUGAGGCACCCACUCAACUUUCAGCAUCCUGUAGAGAGCAGAAGCCUCCUCCUGAAGAGCAGGUGAUGGAAGAACCACCAGCAUUUAACAUGAGUUGGGACUGGCCAAUUUCACCACUGUCAACCAGACUGUGUGACUUUUCCAGGCUCAGGGCAGUGGUGGCACUCCAGAAAGCAAAUGGCUCCUGGGCCCUCACAGCAGCUUUGGCCUCUGCCUUGGGGCUCAGCAAGGCUGAUGUUGAGGGACAAAGGCCCAAUGAGAAUGUGCAGACAACUGUCUGGGCCACAGUUUUGGCCUUAGUCUGGUUGCACCGGUAUAAAUGGAAGGUAUCUUGGUCAGAGCUUCUGGAGGCCAAAGCUCGUAGGUGGCUGUACGACCAAGCUGAGGUCCAGCUGGAGGAAUGUCUGGAGGCAGCAAAUAGGCUGUUAGGCUGCUUUGUGGAGCCCAUCAUCUUCAGGAUUUGAAUUUACCCCACUUCUGGAACUGGGCAAGAAGCUGUAUAGGAACACAGCCAGGACAGCUGACCCAACAUAGCCAGGGGGAUAUUCCAUAACUUUUUUAUCAUGCCUUGUGAGAGGGGAGGAAGGG